AGACAUCUGUUCCGUGGCGAGAGGAGAGCGGCGGCGGCGUCCCAGCGUUUUCACUGUAUCAUUACUGUAUGAGAGAUUGGGCAGACAAACAGUAGCUGUUUUACGGUUUAGAUAGAUUAUCUUCAGGUAUCUAAAAUUAGAUUAAUAUUGGUUAGUUAUUUCAUUGGAUAGGGUGAUUCAGCUCGGCACAAUGACAGCCCUGUCGCUGCUGCUGGUGGCCCUGUCGGCCGCAUCUGUACUGGCCGAAUCCACUGUGUAUUUCCGAGAGCAAUAUGAAGAUGGGGCUAUCAUCAAACCCUGUCCGUCCCCAUCCCCCAUCUGCACAUCCCACCCAAGUCAUCCACUGUACCCCUCUACUUAGCAGUCUCAUAAUCUUUAAUCACCAGUCUUUAAGAUGCCUGGAAGAGUCGCUGGGUGGAAUCCAAGCACAAGUCAGACUACGGCAGGUUUGUCCUGACGGCAGGGAAGUUCUACGGAGAUGCAGAGAAAGACAAAGGUCUGCAGACGAGCCAGGAUGCCCGCUUCUAUGCCAUGUCUUCCCGUUUUGAUGACUUCAACAACAAGGGCCAGCCUCUCGUUAUCCAGUUUAGUGUGAAGCACGAGCAAAGCAUUGACUGUGGUGGAGGCUACAUUAAACUGUUCCCCUCUGACCUCAACCAGGAGGACAUGCAUGGAGACUCUGUGUACAAUAUCAUGUUUGGUCCUGAUAUCUGUGGACCUGGCACAAAGAAAGUUCAUGUCAUCUUCUACUACAAAGGCAAGAACCAUCUGAUUAACAAGGACAUUAGAUGCAAGGAUGAUGAGUAUAGCCACUUGUACACACUGGUUGUGAACCCUGACAACACUUACGAGGUCAAGAUCGAUAAUAAGAAGGUUGAAUCCGGUAAUCUGGAGGAAGACUGGGACUUACUUCCUCCAAAAAAAGUUAAGGACCCUGAAGCCAAAAAGCCAGAGGACUGGGAUGACAGGGAGAAGAUUCCUGACCCUGAUGAUAAGAAACCAGAGGACUGGGACAAACCUGAAAACAUCCCAGACCCUGAUGCGAAGAAGCCUGAUGACUGGGAUGAGGAGAUGGAUGGAGAGUGGGAACCACCAAUGGUCUCUAACCCAGAUUACAAGGGUGAGUGGAAGCCCAGAGAGAUCACCAAUCCUGCCUACAAAGGCAAGUGGGUCCACCCUGAAGUUGACAACCCAGAGUACACAGCUGAUACUGAGAUUUAUAAAUACGACAGCAUCGGCGUGAUUGGACUGGACUUGUGGCAGGUCAAGUCUGGUACUAUCUUUGAUAACUUCCUGAUCACCAAUGACCCAGCCAUGGCAGAGGAAAUAGGCAACGACACAUGGGGUAAAACAAAGGAUGCAGAGAAAAAGAUGAAAGAAGGCCUAGAGGAGGAGGAGAGAAAGACACGUGAGGAGGAUGACAAAAUGAGGAGAGAAGAGGUGAAGGAGGAAGAAGAGGAAGAGGAAAAGGAUGAGGAGGAGGAGGAAGAGGAGGAAGAGGAGGAUGAAGAAGAGGAGGAGGGCAUGGAGCAGGAGGAAGAAGAAGAAGAGGAUGAUGGGGACUCAGACUCUAAACUCAAGGAUGAGUUAUAAACUUUAUGCAGGAACUGCUCAGAUGAAAGCCCGACUGCCUGUGUCAAUGAGCCAUUGGAACAACUGCAGCGAGAGAUGAUGACUGAAACCUUUGGGUGGGGUUGUGUCGGGUUGGGUGGGAUGGGUUUUUUUGUUUGUUUAUUUGUUUACAAAGCAAGAAAGUGGGUAAAAAGGGGCAGUUAUCGCUCUUUUCCUAUUUCCAUGUACUACUGUUAAUAUUGUAAUAGUAAUUUUCAAAUGAGGAGUAGUGAUGAAAAAAUGUCAAAUUGAAUGUCGAGGCAGGAAAGCUAAAUUGCUCUGCGGUUUUUACCCAACAACACUAUGUAAAUUGCUGUUUUUGUUCUGAAAAAUCUGGAUUUUAUGAAGUAUGAUGCUGUGUUGACAUGAAAAGCUAUACUUGGUAUGCUGACGAUACCUUGAAAUGUUUUGUUUACCUCAUAUGUUUUGUUUGUCUCAUUAACCUGUGUGUUUUUUAUUAAUAUUUGCAGUCUGUCUGUCUCAUUGUCCCUCUUAAAACUCUACAUCACUCUCAACGUUGUUCGAUUUCAUCACACAGGAUAUUUUUGCCUGCUCCCAUUGAAGCCUCUCUCAUUGAAGAAAAGAGUCAAUGGCAUGGGAGCAAGAGUGCAUCAGGACUGAUACUACACAUAUAACAAAGUUUUGAAAAAAGCUGCUGUGCAUAGGAUGGUAAUCUGGGAUGCUUUGAGAUAAAGUCAUGUGCAUAGUUUUGUACUGUAUAGUUAACACUUUUACACUUCAACACAUUACUCUAGUCUUCUUCGUGUGUGUCUAAAUAAACUGCUCAAACUCAGAUGUACAUUAUGAGCACUCCAGUAGCAGUAAAGCGUCCUUUCACGUGGUACGGCUUCACUUUAAGUUUUACUGGAUGAUGAUGUGUUCACAACCAGUUUCCUUGUUUCUGAUGCUAAUAUCUCUGCACUGCUGUACCCAAACACACUGUCCCAAAUACAGUCUGAAAUAUGACCCUUUUGUAAAAGAAACAUUUUGUACUAAUGGUAGUAAUUGAAGUGGAGAGAUUUUAAUGUUGCUGUGUAAAAAAUAAAUAAAGACAGGUGUUCUGUCCAAUAAAAACAACCAGAAGAAAAUAA